ACUGCGCGCUGAUUGCGCGUUGCAUUUUCGCACGCAUGCGCCUGACGCGUGGAUCGACCACAAGGCCGCGCAAUUGCUGGAGAAGCACAACCACUGUCAUAAACCCUGGCAUUGUCCUUGAGACGAGCAAUAGGUCCCUUGGAGUCUCAAUCGAGGUCCAUUUCUCAGUGUCAUGUCGUAUUCAUUCUCACUCACCACUUUCUCGCCACAGGGCAAGCUUGGGCAGAUUGAACACGCGUUGGCUGCCGUGAACCAAGGCGUACAAUCGCUCGGCAUCAAGGCUACAAACGGAAUCGUCCUGGCAACAGAGAAGAAGGCGCCAUCAAGUUUGCAAGACGCAACAUCUGUUGAAAAAAUUUCAAAGUUGACGCCCAAUGCUUGUAUGGUCUAUUCUGGUAUGGGACCUGACUUCCGGGUACUUGUUGACAAGGCUCGCAAGGCCUCUCACGCACAGUACAAGCGUAUCUACGAGGAAUACCCCCCAACCAAAGUGCUCGUACAGGAAAUCGCGAAGGAGAUGCAAAAUGCAACGCAAAGCGGCGGUGUGCGUCCUUAUGGUGUGUCAGUGCUGGUAGCCGGCUGGGACGAGCAUGCAGGCUUCCAGCUGUUCCAGGUUGAUCCUUCUGGCUCCUAUUUCCCUUGGAAGGCCACUGCGAUAGGCAAGUCCAGCACGUCUUCAAAGACCUUUUUGGAGAAGCGCUACAGCCCGACACUCGAGCUUGAGGAUGCCAUUCACACUGCUCUGCUGACGCUUAAAGAGGGAUUCGAAGGCGAGAUGACGAGUGAGACGGUGGAGAUUGCAAUCAUCGGCCAGCCGGAACAGCGACUCCUGGGCUAUACGAUGAACGGCAAGGAAGCAGAUGAAUUGCCGGAUGCACCCCGCUUUCGUCGUCUCACAGUAGAGGAAGUCGGAGAUUAUCUUGGUUCACUAUGAUUGAUGUUGCUCGGCAGACGAAUAGACAUCGACGUACAGAACGAUUUCGCUUGCUAUAAAUGACUUAAAUACCUUUCCUUGUUCGCCGUUGAAGGCCAGAGGUCCUUGUUCGAUUUUUUGAUGCGCUGUUAGCAGUUGACCACACAGCUCCUGCACCAGGCUGCUUACUAUUCAUAAACUGGGAUGGAGAGCAGUGGUACUCUGAUCGUCUCAAAACCCUUGUCAGUGAGCAUUAUGUCAAUAGCCUUCGCGCCACCCUCUCCUCUCCUUCGGCCUAGAGUCGUUCGUAGGGGAUAAGAUCAUGGCUCGAAAUUUUGGAAA